UUUGAAUUCAUAAAAAUAAACAUAAUUUCAAACAUGUCUUUCAAUAUUAAUGAUUUAUCAGAACAAUCUUCUUCUUCUUCUUCUUCUUCAUCAUCAUCAACAACAGCCCCGAAAAGAAUAUUUACUAGAGAAUUGGCCUGUAUGAUGUAUGGAUUUGGUGAUGAUCGUAAUCCUUAUGCUGAAACAUUAAAUCUAAUGGAAGAUUUGGUUAUUAAAUAUAUUACAGAUUUAUUAAACAAAGCUUAUCAAUAUCGAACAUGUGAUCGAUUAACUAUUGAAGAUAUUAUGUAUGCUGUACAUAAUGAUCCGAAAAAAAUUUCUCGUGUUUAUGAUCUAUUGACUAUGAAUAUGGAAUUGAAACAGGCUCGUAAAGCAUUCGAUGAAAUUUCUUUACAAAAUCAGUCACCAUCAUCA